UUAGAGUACUCAGACAUAAAACCACAAAACUGAGUCGGACGUUAAAGCAGAAGAAUUUUUUUUUUACGUUCUACUGUUGCUGUUCACUUGUUCUUCCCAAAACCUGAUCGAGCUCGCUUUGGUGUUUGUUUCCCGACUUCUUUCCAUUUAUUGCAGAUUUUUAUUGUGUCGACUCUGUGACUGGUUCUGGCUCGAGACGAGAACAUGGUGGAACCAGGGGCCGAAGACCUUGAAAGAAAGAAAAAGAAGGAAGAGAAGGCAAAAGAGAAAGAAUUGAAAAAACUAAAGGCUGCACAGAAAGCAGAAGCAGCUAAACUUCAGGCACAAAAGUCAUCCAGUGCCCCAAAAAAGAGCGAACGGAGAAAUCCAAAGAGAGAUACAGGGGAAGAGAACCCUGAGGAUUAUUUUGAUCCAGAGACUCCCAUUGGUGAGAAGAAGAGACUUUCUCGUCAAAUGGCAAAACAAUACAGUCCAGCUGCAGUAGAGAAAUCAUGGUAUGCAUGGUGGGAAAAAUCAGACUUCUUUGUAGCAGAUGCAAGCAGCUCCAAACCUGCAUUUGUGAUUGUUUUACCACCUCCUAAUGUAACUGGGGCCCUACAUAUUGGUCAUGCUCUUACUGCUGCAAUACAGGAUACAAUUAUCCGUUGGCGUAGAAUGUCAGGUUACAAUGCUUUGUGGGUGCCAGGAAUGGAUCAUGCUGGGAUAGCAACACAGGUUGUUGUGGAGAAAAAGAUAAUGCGUGAGCGUAAUUUAACAAGACAUGAUAUUGGUCGGGAAAGAUUUGUAUCCGAAGUCUGGAGAUGGAAGGAUGAAUAUGGGGGAACCAUUUUAAAUCAGGAACGUCGGUUGGGUGCCUCUCUUGAUUGGUCUCGUGAGUGCUUCACAAUGGAUGAGAAAAGAUCAAAGGCAGUUACAGAGGCUUUUGUUCGUCUUUAUAGAGAAGCUCUUAUCUACAGGGAUCAUCGGCUAGUGAACUGGGAUUGCAUCUUGCGAACAGCCAUAUCUGAUAUUGAGGUGGACUAUAGGGACAUCAAAGAAAGAACUCUGUUAAAAGUUCCUGGGUAUGAAGAUCCAGUGGAAUUUGGUGUUCUGACAUCUUUUGCUUACCCUCUAGAGGGAGGGCUGGGUGAUAUUGUUGUUGCUACAACCAGAGUGGAAACAAUGCUUGGUGAUACUGCAAUUGCUAUACAUCCUGAGGACAAGCGGUACAGUCAUUUACAUGGGAAGUUUGCAAUUCACCCAUUUAAUGGACGAAAGCUCCCUAUAAUUUGUGAUGCCAUACUUGUUGAUCCAGAAUUUGGUACUGGUGCUGUUAAGAUCACCCCAGCACAUGACCCAAAUGAUUUUGAGGUUGGAAAGCGACAUAAUCUUGAAUUCAUCAACAUUUUCACUGAUGAUGGGAAAAUAAAUAGUAAUGGUGGUUCGGAAUUUGAAGGGAUGCCACGGUUUAAAGCACGUACAGCUGUAAUUGAAGCAUUACAGAAGAAGGGACUCUACCGGGGUGCUCAAAAUAAUGAGAUGCGCCUGGGCCUUUGUUCGAGAAGCAAUGAUGUUGUAGAACCAAUGAUAAAACCACAGUGGUUUGUCAAUUGUAACAGUAUGGCAAAAGAGGCUCUUGAUGCUGUUAUGGAUGAUGGAAAUAGAAAGGUGGAAAUCAUUCCAAAACAGUAUGCUGCUGAAUGGAGGAGAUGGUUGGAGAACAUUCGGGAUUGGUGCAUCUCAAGGCAACUUUGGUGGGGCCACCGCAUUCCAGCUUGGUAUGUUUUGCUUGAUGAUGACCAACUGAAGGAGUUUGGUGCUUACAAUGAUCACUGGGUUGUUGCAAGAAAUGAGGAAGAAGCUCUGUUAGAGGCAAACAAAAUAUUUUCUGGCAAAAAGUUUCAGAUGACUCAAGAUCCAGAUGUACUAGAUACUUGGUUUUCUUCUGGUCUCUUUCCAUUAUCUGUGCUGGGCUGGCCAGAUGAAACGGAAGAUUUGAAGACAUUUUAUCCAACUUCAGUUCUUGAAACUGGACAUGACAUAUUAUUUUUUUGGGUUGCUCGGAUGGUGAUGCUGGGAAUGAAACUUGGAGGUGAUGUACCUUUUAGAAAGGUUUACUUGCACCCAAUGAUUCGUGAUGCACAUGGCCGUAAAAUGUCAAAAUCCCUGGGAAAUGUUAUUGAUCCACUUGAAGUAAUAAAUGGAAUAUCACUGAAAGGCCUCCAUAAGAGGCUGGAGGAGGGUAACCUUGAUCCAAAUGAGCUGGCUAUUGCCAAAGAAGGGCAAGAGAAAGACUUUCCAGAUGGUAUUGCUGAGUGUGGUGCGGAUGCUCUCCGCUUUGCUCUUGUCUCAUAUACUGCACAGUCUGACAAGAUAAAUUUGGAUAUCCAAAGAGUUGUUAGCUACCGCCAGUGGUGCAAUAAGCUGUGGAAUGCUAUCCGUUUUGCCAUGGGAAAACUUGGAGAGGAUUAUGUACCUCCCAUUAGUCUAUCUCUUGAAUCCAUGCCAUUCAGCUGCAAGUGGAUACUUUCAGUUUUGAACAGUGCCAUAUCCAAAACUGUAUCAUCCCUUAAUUCAUAUGAGUUCUCAGAUGCAGCUACUGCCAUAUAUUCAUGGUGGCAGUACCAGUUAUGUGAUGUUUUUAUUGAAACCAUUAAACCCUAUUUUUCUGGUGCUGAUACAAAGUUCGACUCUGAAAGGAUUGCUGCACGAUAUACUUUGUGGGUUUGCCUGGACAAUGGUUUGCGUUUGCUCCACCCAUUUAUGCCCUUUGUUACAGAAGAACUGUGGCAACGCCUUCCUCAAGCAACAGGGGUUACCAAGAAAGAAUCUGUCAUGAUAUCCGAGUAUCCAUCAGUUGUUAAGGAAUGGACAAAUGAAAGAAUAGAACAAGAGGUGGAUCUAAUUGUGUCAAUUGUGAAAUCUCAUAGAUCACUCCGGUCGUCAUUGCCUUCAAAUCAAAGACUUGGAAGACAACCGGCAUUAGUGCUUUGCUUGAAGGAUGAAGUUAAGGAGAUCAUUGAAGCUUACAAGCAGGAUAUUAUAACACUUGCGAAUUUGUCAUCUUUGAAGGUUCUAAGAGAGCAUGAUGCCAUGCUGGAUGAAUGUGCAGUUUCCAUUGUAAAUGAAAACCUUUCUGUCCACCUCCCAUUACAAGGAACUCUUAAUGCAGAAGUUGAACAUGAAAAGCUAAAGAAAAAGAGAGAAGAGUUACUAAAGCAGCAGGAAAAUUUAAUGCAGAUGAUGAAUAGUUCUGGUUACAAGGAGAAGGUACCAGUCCACAUUCAAGAAGACAAUGUGGCAAAGCUUAAAAAGCUGAUGGAAGAACUUGACAUAGUUGAAAAAGCAGAUCGUAGGUUGGGUCGUGAAAAUGCAAAUGGCAUUGAAGAAAACAAGGAUAGUCUUUUCUCCAGCUGAUAAAUAGAAAAUAGCACCAGAAAAGGAUGUUUUUAAGAAUACUGUGGCAGGCUGACAAAUUGUGUUUUUUUUUCAUGAACUUGUGCAAUUUAUUCAAGAGCUGGACUCUGGUGGUAUUAUUGUA